UGUGUCCAUUGAGGCUCGUCAUGUCCUCGGGGUCCUCAGUGAGUCUGGGGGAGCUGCCCAUGGAGAGCUGGAUGUCUCACCUGCCCAGCGCCCUGUGGGACACGCCCCUGUGCCACCUGGCCAUCCCAGGCAGCCAUAAUGCCAUAACCUACUGUCUGGAUAUGGAUGACGGGUCCCCGGUGGACCUCACCCAGCCAGACCUGCUUCAGAAGAUGGACAGAUACAUGAAGCCUUUCAUUCGCCCCUUUGUGUACAAGUGGGCGAUCACCCAGGAGUACACUAUCAAGCAGCAGCUGGACUCGGGGGUCAGAUAUUGUGACCUGAGGAUUGCACAGCGGCCCAACGACAGCUCCACCGAGCUGUACUUUUACCACGGAGUCUACAGCACGCUCAGUGUGGAGAGCGUUCUCGUGGAGAUACGAGAGUGGCUGGACGCUCGUCCCAGAGAGGUGGUCAUCCUCUCCUUCAGCCACUUCCUGGGCCUGAGCCAGGACCUCCACCUGCUGCUGCUCGCCACCAUACGGGACGUCUUCACCUCCAGACUCUGCCCGAAGACGGAGGCGUUGACCCUCAGAGACCUGUGGUCUUCGGGCCACAGCGUGGUCGUGUCCUACGAACACGACCUCUCCAGCUGCCACGCUGACCUCUGGCCUCACAUCCCGUACUGGUGGGCCAACAAGUGCAAAGCCGAGGCUCUCAUCGAGGAGUUUGAACACAGGAAGCAGCACGGCAGGCCGGGAGGUUUCUUCGUCACAGGAAUCAACCUGACGGGGGACCUGAAGUACAUCUGCACCCACCCGACCGAGUCCCUGAAGGACUUGGUGACGUCCACGUACCCGGCGCUGCUGAGCUGGGUCAAGGAGCAGACCCCCGGCUCCCGGCUCGGCUCGCUCAACAUCAUCGCCGGGGACUUCGUCGGCGAGAGCCAGUUCGUGGCCGCCGUCGUCACGCUGAACGAGAAACUACUGCAGCGCUCCUCGUGAAUCACAGCAUGAGCUUGUUUUGAGACGCCGUUAAAGUACUUGAAUUAUUCGUUUGGAUAUUAUAAAUGCACUUAUCUGGAGGCGGUUAAACGUACAUUUCAUUCUUUGAGAACUGUAUUUGGACCUGCACUGUUUACAUUUAGUUCACUAGUUAUGCAACGUACUGUAUUGGUUUAUGUUCUGGUGACCAGCAAUAAUAACACAACUAAUCUCACCUGACACUCUGGAAGAGGAAGCACAAGCGACGAAGGAGCACAUACGAUUGUACUAUACACACUUUUAUAAGAAGGACAUGUCAAGUUUCACCUAUACACACGUAUUUAUCCAUAGAGAAUGUAGACAACACAUCAAACUUAUGCAAAAAUGCAUGGACAUUUUAUUUGCAUGAACCCAACCGCGACUGUUUUCCUUAUGAUAGUGACUUGAGCCAACAGGUGAGACCUUGUUUCAGAACAGUGCUGCACCGCUGUGCCUGUGGAGGUGAUGCUUUUACAAUAAACAUGAGCAUUUCUAAGCAACGCG